AUGGAGGUGACGUUCGAGGACGUGGCCAUCUUUCUGACCCAGUGGGAAUGGGAGAGCCUGGCAGAAGCUCAGAGGGAGCUCUAUGCUACCGUCAUGUUGGAGAACUACAGACAUCUAUGGUCACUGGGUAAGGACACGGAGAACCAGAAGAAAUCAGGGAAGAGCAAACGUCCAGCACAGCAUUUGCAGAAUCCCAUGGAGAUGUUUCCCACCAUCCUCAAAGAGGAAGAUCCCUGGCUAAUCCAUGGAGAUCUAAGAGGAAACGAGACCUGCCAGAGCUUCCAGAGCCUGGAAUGUCUCAGAAUUCACCAGAAGGAACACCAUCGAGAGAAGAUGUACUCCUGUGCUAAGUGUGAGAAAAGCUUCAGGUGGAGAAAAUGCCUUAUUAACCAUGAGCGGAUCCACAUGAGAGAGGAGCCCUAUAAGUGUGAAAUGUGCUUCAGGGACUUCAGACACAAGGGAAAUCUCAUUGCCCACAUGAGGGUCCACACUGGAGAGAGACCCUUUCAAUGUCUGGAAUGCUGGAAGAACUUCAAAAGCAAAGGAAAUCUGAAAAUCCAUCAGCUAGUGCACAUAGGAGAGAAGCCCUUUGAAUGUCAUGAGUGUGGAAAGACCUUCAGAAGUCGAGAAAAUAUCAUCACACACAUGAGGUUGCACACUGGAGAGGAGCCCUAUAAGUGCGGUGUGUGUGCCAGGGGCUUCAGGCGGAAGGGACACCUCACUGCCCAUAUGAGAGUCCACUCUGGAGAUAGACCCUUCCAAUGUCCAGAGUGCCAGAAGAGCUUCAAGACAAAAGAAAAUCUCAAAACACAUAAGCGAGUGCACACGGGAGAGAAGCCCUUUGAAUGUCUCCAGUGUGGGAAGGCUUUCCGCCAGAAGGGCAAUCUGAUGAAACACGAGAGGAUUCACAAAGGCAUCAAACCCUGUGUGUGUCUCCAGUGUGAGAGAAGAUUCAGCGAGAAGACCAGUCUCACUGUCCACAUGAGAGUCCACACUGGAGAAAGACCCUAUCAAUGUCUGGAGUGCCUGAAGAACUUCAAGACCAAAGGAAAUCUUCGAGUGCAUAUGCGAGUGCACACAGGAGAGAAGCCCUUUGAAUGCCUCGAGUGUGGGAAGGCCUUCAGCCAGAAGGGCACUCUGACAGUUCAUGAGAGGAUUCACAAGGGCAACAAACCCUGUGUGUGUCCCCAUUGUGAGAACAGCUUCAGGGUUAAAUGCCAAUUAGUGGCCCACAUGAGAAUUCACACAAGAGAGAAGCCCUUUGAAUGUGUUGACUGCAGAAAAGCCUUUAGUCAGAUGAGAAUUCUCGGGGUCCAUCAGAGGAUUCACACUGGAGACAAACUUUACCAGUGUCCCAACUGCGAAAAAAGCUUCCGGAGCCCAGGGAAACUCACUGUGCAUCAGCGUCUGCAUACUGGAGAGGAACUAUACAGUUGCCAGCAGUGUGGGAAAGCUUUCAGCCGGAUAGGGACUCUAACUGCCCGCAAGAGAACCCACAAAACUAGGCAGUGUUCUUGA